AUGCUAGGAAAAGAAAAAAUUGAUUACUCAACCAACUCAACGUUGCCCACCAGCAGAAAGCUGGAAACUGGCCUCCCCGGGAAGGUGAUUCUUAUCACCGGUGCCAAUACAGGAAUUGGUGCUGCAAUAGCCAAAGGGUGCUUAGAUGCAGGAGCCAAAUCAGUGUACUCGCUUGAUCUCAAAGAACCAUCCGGUACCAAUGAAUUUGUGACUGUUCAGGCUGAAUAUCCUGGACAAGCUUUCUAUUUGAACGGCGAUGUGACUAAGAUCGAAACUCUACAAAAAGCAUUUGCUACCGUUCUAGAGAAGGAAGAGACAAUUGACGGGGUUGUUGCUAAUGCGGGCGUCACAAUCCGUAAAGGGGCUCUUGAGUACACCCCGGAAGAAUGGGACUUCAUCAUCAACGUUAACCUCAAAGGCGUUGUGAACACAUGUAAUGUGGCUGUUGACACGUUUCUAUCGUUGAGAAAACCAGGCAGUAUAGUUGUUACAGCAUCGAUGGUGUCUCAUGGAACCAACAAAUCGGCACCAUCUCUUCCUUAUCAAGCCACUAAAUCUGCGAUUCUCGGAGUUGUGAGAGGUUUUGCUGCAGAAUUCGGUCCUCAAGGAAUCAGAAUCAAUUGCGUUUCUCCGGGUUACAUCCAAACAGCUCUCACAACAUACCAUCUCACUGAUGAUAUGUGGGAUUACAAGCUUGGAAUUUGGGGAGGCCUUCAUAGACUUGGUGAACCAAGAGAACUGGCUGGUACCUACGUUUACUUCUUGUCCGAUGCAUCUAGCUUCACAUCUGGUGUUGACAUUAAGGUUCACGGUGCUACUGACGCGUGGUAG